UCUUUUCAGUACCAAAAGAUCUUGAGAAAGCACAAAGGGACAAAAGAAAAGAAAAAGACAAAUCAUUACGUUGGUUGUCCAUUAUCAGGGCCGUAUGGCAGUUGUCCAUCAGCCACCGACGGUGACAAUGUGUGAAACUUGCCAGCGCUGAUGAGCUUAGGUGAACGUACUAUUGGGAGCAAUAUGAGCGGGAACAGAGGAGUGUGUGCCAGAUUGCGUCGAACCCUGCUAUGGGCGAUACCGGGCGUCCGUCGUCGGAAACGGUCGCUGUUCUAAUAAAUGUUGGCACUCUCACCGUGCGUCUCUUUACACAAAGUGCGGAACUUCGCAGCGCCAGCGCACAUUGAUAAAGCUGUUUGAUAUUGCGUUUACUGAUAACUUUGUGCAUCGAAGCGUGGUCAAUAGCAGCACUCUUUUGAAGCGUAAACAUACGAGAGCUACUUCCCUGGGAAGUCUGUCCGACUAUCUGGAACGCAUGACACUAUGCGCUCCGUAAGAUAUACAUUAGGUCGUAUGGGGGUAUAUCUGCGAACACCUUACGCUACACGCAGGAACGGGCGCCUAAGAGCUGCGCUCUCUCAAAAAAAAAAAGAAAGAUGAAGAAAGCAUGUCUGAAAGAAAAUGACUCGCUGUAAGUUACUGUGCACGUAACCGUCUUAUCGGCUAUCCGCCGCCAGUGAAAUGCCGUAAGCUGCCGUUUUCGACAAACCCAGGGGCGGUGGGAGUGCCAACAGUUAGCGGAAGAGCGUCCCCCCUUUCCCCUCUGCUUUCGACAGUGCCAUCUGCGCAUCGCUCUAACUCGGUUUCGGGGCUAUUUGCCACGCGUUCGCGUGUUCCCGCUCAUAUUGCUCACGAUAGUACUUUAUAGUACUAGCUUCACAAGAGGGAUGUACUAUUGCUGCAAGAACAGCGACAACACAGAGCACAAGAAAAACGGUAGCUGCGCCAAUAGCCGCAAUGCAGUGAUCUAGUGCAGGGAAACGAGAAACUACGAUACUGCAUAGUGAUAGCUCAGUCGCCUUACUACCGCCCUCCACGCGCGCUCCCUCCUCUCUCUCUCUCACUCACACAUACACACAUAAACACACAGACGCACGCACGCACGCACGCACACGCGCCUUACUCAUUUCUUCUCUUUCCCAAAACAACAAAUAAAUAAACGUGCGUAAAGAUGCCCUCCUUACACAGCAUGAGGACCGUUCAACCACAGGCAGUAAUUACCUGGACAUUAAUCUCUCCUAAUCAUGGUAUUAGGCCCUGCGACAGAUGCACGAAGGCACACUGAGAGGUCUAAGGCCGAGAUAUUGCAGGAGUAGUAGCAGGAUGACCAAAAGCAAUGCCGGAGUAAACAGUCGCAUGCCUGGCCAGCAUGAAUGCAAUUAAUGUGGCUUGCUUGCAAACGUCUAUUUCUCUUACGCAAGAAAAAAGAAAAAGAGAACGCUCACUGGAUUGCCAGACAAGGUGGUGGUGCUGGGAACCCCGCGAAAAAUAAUCGCUUCGUUCACGCAACGCCAGUGGGCACACGGCGAAAUACAUCCGGCGAUUGCGAAGCAGGUGUGCACUAUCGCCCAAGAAAAAAAACUGAGGAAAAAGUAAAAAAAGAAAGGAAAUAAUGGAACGAGAAGAAAACGUGAGAACAGCUAGCCAGGUGGAAGUAGAAGCCGAGAAAAGGUCACUGACCCCUCCCAUGCCUUCUCUAAUCUGGGUUGAAAGCGACGCAAGAAUAAACAAAAAGAAGCAAGUGGGUCCCUGUUCAGAAGCGGGAACGGGCCUCGCCAUUUCGGGACUUGGCCGAACGAUGCAAAGCGGCUGCAGCCACAUGUGAAAGGCCCUGCAGUGCUUGAAAACCGACUGUGGACGCUCGCUAUUUCCAAGAUGAGGACUCCCUGGGUGUGGUGGAUUUCCAGUCUGCUGAUUUCCUGCUCGGUAUUAGCCGGAGCCGCACCGGCCUCUCAGGAGUGGCGUCUGCGGUAUGCGGCGCUGACCACGAGGGACCCGGAGUCGUGCCGGCUGGAGCCCGAGCGGGGCCUGUGCUACGCGGCCUUCACUCUCUACUACUUCGACGCCGCGGCGGGCACGUGCGAGGAAUUCCUGUACGGAGGCUGCGGUGGCAACGCCAACCGAUUCGGCUCACUAGAGGAGUGCCUGGCCACGUGUGCCAGAGCGGCUGCUCCUGCCGCUGCCGGCAAGGCGCAAAAGGCGGCACAGGCAGCGAACCACCGAUCAGGAGGCGACGCUGCUUCGCCCAGCGCCGCCUCGCAUGCAAAUGGUGCCGCGGGCCUCGAGGCACAAGCGACGAGAUCGCGGACGACGCCGACACAGUCCACGCCGGAGGAAGAAAACCGACGAGUGGGGCCUGCCUCGAUGCACGAGGCGGCAACUUUUAUUUCCUCGGAUUUGUUCGGGCCACUCGACGGGGACCAAGUGUGGGAUGCUGCGCGGCUGUAGCUUCGCUUGGGUGACACGAAAAAAAAGAAGUCGCACUCGACUAAAUUU